CGGGCCAUUGCACUCCAAAGGCCUUUUAUUAGGCCAUCAUAAUAUAUAUUUAAAUAAAUCGGAUAAUAUCGAAAGAUUUUGCAGGUAUCUUCCAACCCCGCCAAAAGAAGCAUCUAGAAAAUUCCAGCACCGCCUUCAUAUAAAUACUAUUUCAUAGACGCAAGCGCAGUUUGAAGUCCGCUACCGAUUCCAUUUCACCAUCCUCUGAAGGAAAUUCAAUUGCGUUACAGAAAAAAAUGAGUCGACAUCCGCUUGUAAAGUGGGCUCAGAGGUCCGAUAAGCUAUUCGUUACUGUGGAGCUACCGGAUGCAAAGAAUGUGAAGCUUAACCUUGAUCCAGAAGGGAAGUUCUUCUUCUCUGCUACCGGUGGUGUGGAUAACGUACCGUACGAGAUAGAUAUUGAUCUUUACGACAAGGUUGUUGUCGAUGAAAGCAAAGCUAGUUGUACUUCAAGACAUAUAUGUUAUCUUGUGAAGAAGGCAGAGAGUAAAUGGUGGAGUAGGCUCCUCAAACAGGGGGGCAAACCCCCGCUGUUCUUGAAAGUUGAUUGGGAUAAAUGGGUGGACGAAGACGAACAAGAUGAGAAAUCCGCAGGUGACACGGGCUUUGGUGACUUUAAUUUUUCGGUGAGUAGAUAUAUUGCAAUGGAACUGUUGUGAACUUUGAAUAGUACCAUUAGUUAUCUACGCAGAACUGUUUGAUCUCGAUAACGUUGUCUAUUUCAGAAACUGAACAUCGGUGGGGCUGGAGAUUUCGAUGCUGGAGCUGCAGAAGGUGAUGGAGGUUACGAAAGUGAUACUGACGAUGAAGAGGAAACGGAAGAAACAGCUGCUGGUAGUGGUGAAUCUGUGGCAAAAGAUUGAAGGAUCUGUCACUUGUGUGAUCUUUAACAGUAUGGGACAUUGUAGAGGAGUGUACAUGACGUUUUUCUUUUGAAUUUAGAUCUUUGUGUCAAAUGUGGGAUCAAGAAGUUUUUUUGUGUCCAUUUUUGAUUAUUUUAUUUAGAAAUUAUGAGAAAAA